ACGGGGUGGGGAUGCAAGCCCAGGAGUCUGCACUGGCCUGCAAGCUACGGUCUGCACAGCCAGCAAACUCCUGCGGGCGGAGUCUGCAGAUUCCGGAGCGCCCGGGUUAGGAGAAUCUGAGACCUGAGCAAUUGUGGUAAGAGGUCCCAUUAGACCCAGAGACCCCUCUUCAAGCGAUACUUAGUCCUUCUCCACUGUUUGCCUCCAGGGAACCUGAGACAAGCUGGACUGGGUGGGCCAGUGCUUUAAUCACCCGGGCGAAGACGGGGCGUGGAGAGGAGCUAGCAGACGCGGUGGCAGCGCCUGGCGCACUGGAAGUGCAGGGGACGCGCCCGCAGGCUUGGUGGCCGCGCCUGUGACCUCUCCUUUCGGCUGAGAACACAGGCGGAGGAGUUUACUGAGGAACCCACGGAACUGGCUAGCCAAAGGAGACAAGCCUAUAGUCUCCAUGAUCCUCCCGUCCUCUGUUCUUUCCCUGGUCCGCUCCAUGUUCAAGAGCUGCGCUCCGCAGCCAGGACGAGGAGAGCUAUGGAGGAGCAGGGUAUUCAGUGCGCUCCGCCGCCUCCCGCCGCCUCCCAGACAGGGGUACCUCUCGCCAACCUCUCCCACAACUGCAGCGCCGACGGCUACAUUUACCAGGACUCCAUCGCCCUGCCCUGGAAAGUCCUUCUGGUUGCUUUGUUGGCGCUCAUCACCUUGGCCACCACGCUCUCCAACGCCUUUGUAAUCGCUACGGUGUAUCGGACCCGGAAGCUGCACACCCCGGCUAACUACCUGAUCGCCUCGCUGGCAGUCACUGACCUGCUCGUGUCCAUCCUGGUGAUGCCCAUCAGCACCAUGUACACGGUCACUGGACGCUGGACACUAGGCCAGGUGGUCUGCGACUUCUGGCUGUCGUCGGAUAUCACCUGUUGCACUGCUUCCAUCAUGCAUCUCUGUGUCAUCGCCCUGGACCGCUACUGGGCCAUCACUGAUGCGGUGGACUAUUCUGCUAAAAGAACUCCCAAAAGGGCGGCCAUCAUGAUCGUGCUGGUGUGGGUCUUCUCCAUCUCGAUUUCGCUGCCACCCUUCUUCUGGCGCCAAGCCAAAGCGGAGGAGGAGGUGCUGGACUGCUUUGUGAACACCGACCACGUCCUCUACACGGUCUACUCCACGGUGGGGGCUUUCUAUUUACCCACCCUGCUCCUCAUCGCCCUCUAUGGCCGUAUCUAUGUGGAAGCCCGCUCUCGGAUUUUGAAACAGACACCCAACAAGACCGGCAAGCGCUUGACCCGAGCCCAGUUGAUAACAGACUCCCCAGGAUCCACGUCCUCCGUCACCUCCAUUAACUCCCGGGCUCCGGAGGUGCCCAGUGAGUCCGGGUCUCCUGUGUACGUGAACCAAGUCAAAGUGCGAGUCUCAGACGCCCUGCUGGAAAAGAAGAAACUCAUGGCCGCUAGGGAGCGCAAAGCCACCAAGACCCUAGGGAUCAUUUUAGGAGCAUUUAUUGUGUGCUGGCUCCCCUUCUUCAUCAUCUCCCUGGUGAUGCCUAUCUGCAAGGAUGCCUGCUGGUUUCACAUGGCCAUUUUUGACUUUUUCAAUUGGCUAGGCUAUCUUAACUCUCUCAUCAACCCCAUCAUCUACACCAUGUCCAAUGAGGACUUCAAACAAGCAUUCCAUAAACUGAUACGCUUUAAGUGCACAGGUUGACUUGUCAAUGGCAUUGGGGUCGCCUAAGCGACCUUUGGGGACCAAGUUGGGUCUUUUCACAGGUAGGUCAAAUCUUCUUUGCCUGUUACUGGGUGGAAGCAAGGCUCUCUCAACUGGGCAAGGGCAGUGGAUCCUCAGAGGCCAGGGCAGAAGCCUGGCUGCUCUGAGAGAGCACUCUGGAAUGUGAACUGAAGCAAACUACUGUAAAUUCCAAGCUGAGGAGUUUAGCUUCCUCCAUUCAAAGUCCGGGCUCAGCACAGAUCCUCCAGCAGCCAAUCACACGAAAGGUUGCAACUUUUUAACAUUGAUGACGGAUGGGUAUCCCUGCCCCGUUUUGUAUCAUGGAUGUUGCCCUCUAAGCCAGUAGCACUUGUGGGUGCUGUCCGAAGCCUGUCUGAGACAGCUCUCCACACAGCCUGGCAGUACUUGAACCAGACAAUUAAUACCCUGUGCUCUGGGGGAGAACUCUGUGUUACAGUUUAAUUUUAAAACACUCUGGCAUCCUUCA